AUUAUUUUCAGUAUUAAAGUUAACUUCAAUACUACCGAAAGUUUAAAUAUUUAAAGUAAAGCUUACUGAGCAAAAUGCCGAAUUUAUCAAAAAUAAUUUUGGCGAUUUGCUUACUAGUAACAAGAAUCAACGCCCUCAAUGUCCAUAUGGCAGAUAAUAUCGACGACAUAAUAUCAUUUGUCAAUGAAAUUAUGAAUAAUUCUACAAAUCAAGAUCAAGACAGUCUUAAAAUGUCGGCUGAGGCAUUGGAUGAACUAAAAAUCGAUGACAAAGAAAAUUACGCCGAUAUUGUCGAUGAGUUCUUCAUCAAUCAGCCACAUGAGAAAGUCACCAAUCAAAAGAAUACUAGGCUAAAAGGAUUGAUCAGUAAAGUAGAUGAUGCUUGGGGGAAGUAUAAGACCAAAGACCUGGAGAAUGAUGACAUUAUGGAACUGGCUGAUUUGCCUGGAUCUAUCAGCGAGCUCUACAAGUUAUACACAGGAGAUGGCGAUGAAGACUAUCCUUCCUGCGUAGCAAAGGAUUCACGUCCAAAUGCGUGUGAAGUAGAAAUGGAUAAUCAAAGCCGGCUAUGGAAAUUACACCAAGCUGUCGUUCUAUCUGAACUUCGGGGAUUAAUUUUAAACCUAAGAUCUGGAAGUAAUGCGGAGAAAGCUGCUGCCCAUGCAAUUUUACAUUCGGAAGAAUAUAUUUUGGCAACUUAUAAUGGUUUUAAAGCUUCACCGGACUCACAUUAUCGUUGCGCGCCAGAAGAUCAUAAACGUGGAGACACAUUCACCGAAUUUCUGGGCCUUUUCCAAGGCAUAUUAGUCAACGAAUUACAAUCAAGCAACACCAAAAGUAACGACUCCUGCACUGAUUCUUGUAGUUCUAUAGAUUUUUCUCGGAUUGACAAUUGUUACACCAUGGAACAAGGCGAUAGUGCUAAAGAAUACUGCCAAAGAAACCCUUGUCAUGGUCAAAUUUUCAAUUGUAACCAUGCGGGUGACACUACAGCAUGUGAACCACGUGGAUCGAGUGAUAGACGGUUUGAGUGGGCAGACACUCAAGAAAUGGGUUUUUUGGGACAAAAAGAUGAUUGCAAACAAGGCAAUGAAAUUUAUUUGCAUGAAUACACCAAGCCUCUUGUGACUUGUCCAGUUUGUUAUUGUACUUGUUCCGAAGAAGAUGGCGAGUCUGAUGCAUUGAGAGCAAUUAGUUUGGUACCACAGUUUGCGGAUAUUGAUGAGAACAAGGUAGUUACAGGUAUUAAAUUCGUGGAAAAAGAUAAUCUUAUUCAGAUUCAAAUCGAGCAGUCUGAAUUGUGUGCUUACGGCGGAAUAGUUCCAGACUCGGAUGAAUGUGUCGACUUGGAUAAGAUCAAAUACAUUGAUACUGGUGUAGGAGGAUUCAAAAUGAAGACCGACGACGGUGAUAAAAUGCUAACCGAUGGUGUUGAAUUCAAAUUCAUCACCGUCACAGAUAGAAAACUUUACAUCGACAAAUUGGUAGCACCCGAGGGGGAGGUUAUUGUCGGAGUCUCCUUGGAUUGGGAUGAUACCGACAAAGCCAUUGAAUUGAAAAUCUUAUCAUGGCCAUUUGACUACAUCAGUGGUGUAUUAGAAAAUCGAAGACCUUUGUCUGCUAACGAUUCUUCUUUGAAUUGGAUAAACUGGCAAAACACUGAAGAUCCUACCGGUGCCUACGGCCAGGAGAGAACUGCAAUAGACAUGUCAAAAUUGGACGAUCCCGCAAAAUCUAAAGGUUUUAACCCAGAGAAUUCGAAACCAAAUCAGGAGAUCGAAAUCACAACAACGGAUUACAAAAUCGACAUGGCCAGGCGCACUAUUCCUUACUUGGAUCUUCAACCGGUUAUCUACGAAGAAGUCAAAAGUCCCUUAAGUGGCUUGGAACUUAUUUACAAGCAACAAAACGGGUUUGGAGGGUUCCUUGCGUUCAAAAUCCGCUCUUAUAAAUUCCAUGAUAAAUUCGGACGUGAAAUGUCGGAGACGGAUCUUCAAAAGUAUAAAGCCAAUUUUGAUGAUCCCAUUUUUUUGGAUAUACCUACAAAAUAAUGAAAGCAAGAAAAAAAAUUGGCACUCCGUCCAAUAGGCACUGUUGACCAAUUAAAGUAAAUAAUAUUAAUAUUAUGCACUAUUUUAUUGUAAGAAUAAAUGAAACUAUUUAGAACGAUAUUAAUUUUAGAUAUUAAUUGAAACGAAUUUUGAUCGAUUGUUAAAACAUUAGGAUUACUAUAAAUUAAUUUUUUUCACAAACUUUAAGGCAAACUUGAAUUCCAUACACCGAUAAAUAUUUGAGGAGUUGAGUUUCAAAAGGGUAUCUUUUCAUUUUUCAUUGAUCGAGACAAAAAACUGGUUUUCUUCAAUUAUAAAUAUUUUUAUUGAACUUUUUUAAUUUAGCUAUAAAGUGCUAUCGGUUAUGAAGCUACAAUUUGAUUUUCAUUUAGAAAUCUUCAUAAUUCUCGAAGUAAUUAAUAUUUAAAAGUUCAAAAAACUGCUCUUUUAAAAUACGAAAAGAUACCCUUUUGAAAAUCAGCUCCUCAUUGUCAUCUUUAACCUACUAAAUUUUAUUUAACCAUAAAAAUGUAUUAAUUUAUCUAAUGCAACAUAUGAAUUGUUAAUGUUAAUCCUUAUUUUAAAAAUCAUACGUGAACUUACUUUACUUUAUACAAAAUGUACUUUUGUCAUUCAUUCUUUGCCUUGGCAUUGAAAUUGAAUAAAUAAAUAAAUGAAAUAAA